CGUUGCCUGGUGGUGGUGUUGGUGGUGGUGGAGCUGGUGCUGGUGCUGUUACUGUUACUGGUGCUGGUGCUGGUGCAAGCACUGGUGCAAGUACUGGUGCUGGUGCUAUUGCUGGUGUUGGAAUUGGUGUUGAUGUUGGUGGUGGUUGUGUUGGUGGUGGUAGCAACGAGCCGGCACUGAUCUCAGAGCUCGUGUCUUGUCUCAGUCAGUCUCAGUACGCGGAGAAACAGCCGUCUGAUCGGUUGACUAAUUUGAUCGUCGACUCUUUUUGCUAACGUUUGUUACGUCGUUAUACCCAAAUUAAAACUCAAAUCGUUUAACUUGAAUCUGAAGUGUUUAACAGUUUCUAAACAUAUAGUUUUAUCAGUCCUUUCGUCGUUUUUUCUUCUCUUUUUUGCUUUCUUUUCCAUGCCGUUUUUUUUCUUUUUUUUUUUCCUUUUUUUCUCUUGUUUUUCCUCUCAAUAGGAAGCUUUUAGUCUUUGAAUAAGAUUGUUGAUAAGGGAUUAAAUGAAAGUAAUGUUAACGAAAAAAAUGAAUUAUCGGAUUAAGGGAAAUCUUUCGAAUUAACAAUCCAAGUGUCAUUUUGGAUGGCUUGCAAAAGAAAACGGAAAAAGUCGAAGGAGCAAAGUGUCUAAAGGGAAAGGAGAAACAAAUAAAAUAUUUAUUCAUCGGCGCAAAAUACUCGUCGUAAUGGCGUAGCAUCGUUAAAAAAAAAAAAAAGGGGGAGGUUCGCAGAAGAAGGAUCGAAAUCGAGGAGAGAAAUUCGUCCUUGUAAAUUGCAACGAACGAGAAAUAAACAAAACAAAAAAAAAGAUAAGAAAGAAAAGACAAAAAAAAACGCAAUGCGGUAGCAUGCGUAGAAUUUGAGCUUUUUUUGUCGUUGCAUUUUUGUUUCGCUUUUUCUUUUUCUUUCUUUCUUUUCUUUCUUUCCUUCUUUCUUUCUUUCUUUCUUUCUUCCUUUCUUUUCACUUUUUCUUUCCUUUCUUUCCUUCUAUCCUUUUUCCUACCUCCUUCGUUUUCUUUUUUCCUUUUUUUGUUUUCUUUUUUUUCUUGUUUCUUCGUUUUCUUUCUUCUUCUACGAACGAACCAGUGACGACGAGAGGAAAAAUAUCGAAGCCUCGUCGAUUACAUUGGCGAUGAUCGGAUACAAUCAGCACAAUUCAGGCUACAACAAGCUGUUCACUCAGGGCUCGGCGGACUCGAACUACUCACAGCCGAGCUCGGAUCUCUCGCUGGACGAGGAGAAGGAGAACUUACGACGUGAGAAAGAGAGGCAGGCCCUUAAUCAACUUGAAAAAGCCAGGACGAAACCGGUAGCGUUCGCAGUGCGGACAAACGUGAGCUAUGACGGAUCUGCCGACGAUGAUUCGCCUGUCCAUGGCUCGGCUGUUAGCUUCGAGGUCCGAGAAUUUUUGCACAUCAAGGAAAAGUAUGACAACAACUGGUGGAUCGGGAGGCUCGUGAAAGAAAAUUGUGACGUCGGUUUUAUACCAUCCCCAGUGAAAUUAGAGGCACUGAGAUUGCAGGCUAGCGCAGCACGUGGUACAAAAGGUCUCUAUUCAGCACGAGGAGGGUCUUCAGGGAACCUUGGCGAGAGUGGUAUGCCUUCACGUGGUUCCACGCCACCUACACCAGGUGACGAUAACGAUAGCGUUGGAAACGUGAGACCGGGAAAGGCAACCUUGACAACACCUCCGGCUAAAGAAAAACGAAAGAAUUUCUUCAAGAAGCCGGAACCAACAACACCUUACGACGUUGUACCUUCUAUGAGGCCUGUUGUCCUCGUUGGACCAUCUCUCAAGGGUUAUCAGGUGACGGACAUGAUGCAGAAAGCACUUUUCGACUUUUUGAAGCAUCGAUUCGAAGGAAGGAUUAUUAUAACAAGGGUGAUGGCUGAUAUCUCAUUAGCAAAAAGAUCAUUACUAAACAAUCCCACCAAAAGAGCGAUCAUGGAAAGAUCGACAAGUAGAAGUAGUUGUUUGGCAGAGGUUCAAACGGAGAUCGAGAGGAUCUUCGAGCUAGCGAGGACGCUUCAGUUGGUAGUCUUGGAUUGUGACACGAUCAAUCAUCCAUCGCAAUUGGCGAAAACCAGUUUGGCACCUACAAUCGUAUAUUUGAAGAUCUCAUCGCCCAAGGUCCUGCAAAGGUUGAUCAAAACCCGUGGAAAAUCUCAGAUCAGGCAUUUAAACGUUCAAAUGGUGGCGGCAGAAAAAUUGGCGCAAUGUCCGCCGGAAAUGUUCGACGUGAUCCUCGAUGAAAAUCAAUUGGAGGAUGCUUGCGAGCAUGUAGCCGAAUAUCUCGAAGCUUAUUGGAGAGCUACCCAUCCUCCGGUAAUUGCAACGGUGCCACGUGCAAUGCCUGCACCUGAUGCACCGGUCGACGCUUUAACUCCUCGCGUAACACCAGGUGCCCAUCACGAGAGUUACUACGGCCACGAGCCAAGAGGUUCGUACAGUGGCAGCGGGCACAUGAGCAGCGGCACAAGAAGAUCACGUUUGGAAAGGAUGGAUCGUGAUCGUCUGGAUCGUGGCGAACAUGAUUAUGGUACAGAAGAGGAAUCAUACGUGGCCGAUUAUGGGAGUGUGUCGAGACGUCGCCAACAGCAAGACUCGCGCGCUCUUAACGCCAUUUAGGAGCUGGGGCCCCGGGGCCUGUCGCUACAGCGCUGUCCCUACCUGCGCACCACCGCCCUUUAGUGUGUGGGGUCGCAAACAACCCCUUGCGCUAAAAAAAAAAAAAACAAACAAACAAAGAAGAAAAAUAAUGCAACAACAACUCAUUACGAGCUAACCGAACGUCCGAAGCACUCGGAGAGCGAGCCGAAUCUCUCUCUCUCUCUCUCUCUCUCUCUCUAUCUUUUUCUCACUCUUUCUCUCUCUCUUUCUCUCUCUCUCUCUCUCUCUUUCUCUCUCACUACCUAUCUAUUUAUCUCUGUCAUUGGGGGCUGUCAACGAUUCUCCUUUUUCAUCCAAGAUCAGGAAACUACCCUUAAUGCAUAAAGGCAGAAGAAUUUAACACAUACAUACAUACAUACAUACAUACAUACAUACAUACAUACACGCAUACGUGAAUUACAUACAUAUAUGUCUAUAUGUAUGAUUGAUAAAUAAUUUUAUUACAAUAAAAUGAAAUUUAUUGAAUUAAUUCAAUAUCUGAGAAUUCUCUUUAAAAGUGUCAUAAUAAUUGAAUUGAUUCAUAAAUAAAUAUAUAUAUAUAUAUAUACAUAUAUAUAUAUGUGUAACAUUUUAUUGUAAUUAUAUAGAUAUAUAAUGAUGCACCUCGCCGAUUCUUCAACCGAGCCGAUAUAUAAAUAGAUACAAUACAUACGUGUAAAAUAAGAAUUGAAAUGUUGAAAUGAAGAUAAACAUCAUAUAUACAUAUAUAUAUAUAUAUAAAUAUAUGUAUAUAUAUAUAUCUUCUUAAACGGAUGAUCAUUCCACGGCUCAUUUACAACCCCUCCUCUCAUCCAAUAAAAAUAAUCGCUCUAUACAUUGUAUAUCGAUAUCAUCGUCGAAAUACUCGUGUAUUAGUAUUUCAUCCGAAGUCAUCCGAUCGAGAUCGAAUCGAGAUAUUUCUUUUUAAUCUUCGUUUCUAUUAUUAGAACAAUUCUACGAAGGAUAAAUUAUAUGUAUUUAGAUUUGAGAAAUUUCUCGAAUUAUCUCCGAUAAUUAUUUCUAUAUCGAGAUCUGACUGCACAUAUAUUAUCUCUCUAAAAUAUACAUAUAAUCAUAUUCGCACAUCCCACAAAAGAGAUAGCCCUCUUUAUUUAUUUAUUUAUUUAUUUAUUUAUUUUUAGUUUUACUUUUUUCUUUUUCUUUUUCUUUUUGUUGAAAACAUUUUUUGUUCUAUCGAUCGAUCGAUCGAUAAGAUUUUGCACUAUAUCUAUCUACCUAUCUAUCUAUCUAUCAAUCUAUUUAUCUACCUAUCUUGGCCAUAUUGGCUUAAUUACGUUUUGGUAGUAGCACAGUCCCUUUUCACAGGCUCGGUCGUUCAGUGUGCACGCUGUAUAAGAAAACCUUAAUGCGACCCUCACCUAUUUAUCUAUCAUGCUACCGGGGCCACAUUUCUUCCUAGUAUGCGAUUUUCGAUCGUCGUUAAAGCCCAAAAUGCAUUAAUUUAACACGGUCUUUCUUCUUCUUCUUACGAAAACUUGAUUAUACCUAGCUAUAUGGUUGUUUAUUAAUUUAAUAUUUUCUCGCACGUGCAUAUAAAUAUAUACAUAUAUAUAUAUAUAUAUAUUUUUUUUUAUUUAUUUAUUAGAUUGAUGCAAAAAUAAUUGCAGCUUUUACGUAUCGAAUAAAUGAUAAAAAUGGCAAUUAUUUUUCAACCGAUCUAAUAUAUAUAUAAUUAAUGAAAACAAAAUUACGUAUAUAUAUAUACAAUUAUGUGAUUUUUAUUACCGAACUGAUUGAUUUAAUUACUUAAUCUAUUCAUUAACUUAUUAUAUUUCCUUUUUCUCGCACAAAAAAUUUGUUUUCAUUCGAUUAAUUUCCGUAUAGCUAGGAUCAAUUGUAGUCUCUAAUUCUAUAGAAGAAUUUAGUAACACGAGCAUAAUCGAGAUCGAAAGAUAUUAGCUUCUUCAAUCUCGAAAUGAUCUCGAUCUUUUACGAUGUACUAUGACUUUAUAACGUCGUAUAAAACGUGAUUUCUUCUUCUAAUUAGAAUCUAAUAACGUAUGUCGAAGAGGUGUAGACCGAUACGACGAUGAUCAUCGACCAAAAAGAGCACGCACGCACACACGCGAUUAAACACGAAUUAAACAACAUUAUAACCUUUGUGUAUAUAGUAUACAUACCUCUUAUAAUAUAUGUAUAUAUAUAUAUAUGUGUGUAUAUAUACAUAUAUUAUAUACAUAUAAAUAUAUAUAUAUACACAUAUAUAUGUAUAUGAAAAUAUAAUGAAAUACUUCCAUCUAAUUCACUCGAUAAAAAAGUGAUCGAAGUUAUUCCAACAAAUGAUGAUAUAUCAUUUUCUUUAGAGCGAAUAUAUAUAUAUAUAAA